UUGUUGUAGUGAAUUUGGAUUACUUUAAAGUUCCUGUGACAUAGCUUACACACAAGGGAAUUGUGAAUGAGUGACAGUUGCUACUAUUUUAGCCCCGUCAAAUCAAAUGGAGCGAUCAGUUCGGCCUAUCGUACGCGUGUGAACGGGUGAUCCAUUCGGGAAAUUUAAUUUUAGGACUUGGGAUAAUGUUCCACCUCAUUGAUUGUUUAGUUUGACAACUUUAUUUUUUAAAUCUUGAAUUUAUUUAUUGACUGGAAUUUGAUUCAAGACAACUAUAUAAUAAUAAUGAAGCUUUGGGUUAUUACGUUAUUGAUCAUUUCUGUCACACAGACACAUGGCCGCCGGAAAGAUUGUCGACAGUGCAAGGCAGGACAUUAUGCUAAAAGAAAUUGUAAUGAAUUACAUGAUACCAUAUGUGCACAGUGUCCGGUGGAUACAUAUACCCCGGAAUUAAACACUCGUGAACUAUGUUAUUCAUGUUCUACAUGCAAGGAAGGUUAUUUCGUCAUUAAGUCAUGUACUCAUAGACAUGAUACUGUUUGUGGGUCAUGCGACCUUAAAGGAUAUAGUGAAUUAAAUAGUUAUAGGACAAAAUGUGUUCAAAAGAGCAAAGUGAUCCAAAAUGACCAACCAUUGACCACUCCUUUAACUUCUGAAGAUGCUCUGGAGAUUUCGGGAGAUGGGGAACUGAUUGUAGACCACGGGUCACUAAAGCCAACAGUUAUUGAUGACGUCAUCGUUGAUAAGGAGGCGGUGACCAACACAUCUCAAUUAGAAAAAGACGCAUUAGAGGAAGGGAGUGGGGGAUUUAAUAUCAGUGUCGCCUCCGAGGAGCUUGAAUCCUCACCCACAUUCACAUCCCCACAGCCAAAAUUAGUAUCAAAUGAGACAACUACGGUGACAUUAAAUGCCACCUCCACAGUUGAAACAUUACCUACGACAAACCUAGAAACAACAAACAUAACAUCAACUUCUGAACCAAGUUUGAAUAUAACAUCUGUUGUUGAUAUUACUUAUACUGAACCAAGUUCAUCCAUUUCAUCUACAUCUGAACCAACUACAACAGUUACACCAGAAGCAACUACAAUAUCAACAACUGAACCAAGUUCAACAACAAUAUCUACAUCAUCCACACCUGAACCAAGUUCAACAACAAUACUUGCAACAAAGCCAGAAAUACCAGAACCCGAGCCAACGCCUACACACAAACCCGAAUCUGAACAAACUACAGCCGAGCCUACCACAGAAGCUAAGACAACACAGACAACAACAACAACAACAACAACAACAACUCAAGCCGUGACAACAAAAACAACAAAAGUUGUCCAAACAACACCAGUGCCAACAACAUCUACCACGAUUACAACUACAAAGGCUACGGACGUCCCCACCGACGGUGACGGCAGAAUCAUUAUCGAUUUAAGAGGAACAACAGAAAAGAUUAUAGAUCUUAGAACGAAAAAGACAACCGCGAGUCCAAAACCAAAAACAACGCCCAGGACGAUAGAUUUGGACAAAGACAAGGGAAUUGUCAUCGAAACAGGACUGGUAGAUGAGGAUGAAAAGGACAAAUAUGAUAUACCAGAUUUUAAGCUACCAGAAAAUAUAAUCGAAGACCAAUCUCCAUUGCAGCCUGGUGCUCUUGGCUCUAAGAAAAUGGAUGAAGAAGACGGUAUAAAGGUGGGCAUAGUCGUCGCUAUCGUCAUCGGGGCCGCGGUCAUCUUCUUUCUCAUCGGAUUUCUCGUCAGCAGAUACUGCAGAAAGAAGAGGUCUGGAAAGUUUAAUGUCAGAAACGAUUUAGAGAGAGGCCCAGUUAAGGAAAAUGAUCCAACAGCUUUGGAUUACAAAGAUGGCGGAAUUUAUGACGAAAUCGGCAAAGAAACGGUGAUACCUGUGAAGAAUGGAAAACCCAACGGAACUUCGCACUCGACAGAAGACGUGUAUGCCGUCCCUGACAAACGCAAGAAUGGCGAACCGGGAUCACCCAAGAUAGAUGAUCAGCUGAACAAAAUCAAGUUUAUUGACGACCCCGAAGAGGAGGUGGAACCGAAGGAAGGUGACAAGCUUUUGGAUGACUCCGACGAGAAGUACUCCAGCUUCGCAUCUAUCCCAAACGGUUCCGUAAAACAGAACGGUGACGUUGCACCCAACGAUUAUGUUUCAGAAUCUAGUCCCAUUCUGAGCUCAAGAGACACCCAGGAGAACCCGGAUGUGUCUGAGGAGGCUGCCAGUGGAAGAGAAAACGAUGACCCAGAGAUGUCGCCACUGCUUGAAAAAACGGAAGUUGACGAAAGCCAGAAAGAGGCAAGCAGUUGAGAACGCGAGAUUUGCUGAAUUAUCGUUCAAUCACAUGUCUGCUGUCAAAAGAUAGUCAGGUUGUAUUCGGUGAUUGCUUAAAAAUUGAAAAAUUAUACCAAAGACCUGAAGAAACGUGUCUGCCGAUGCUGGGUUUAAACGCCGUGCCUUAGAUUGUCAGAGAACAAUUGCAGAUCUUUCACCAGUUACAAAUAUUUCAUACAUUUGAUUGUGCACUCAAAAAUAUGAGGUUCAGCUUUAAUCUUCAUAACAUUUUUACUCCCUGAUAGUAUAAUGUUAAGAUUGUAUUCUAUCUAAUCAUCAGCACUUGGAAAAUGAUAGAGGUAGGCAUGACAAUAAGAAUUUGAAUUCAGUAGGUCUGGGUUUGUUGAGUUACAAUUAUUUAUACGCUUUUUUGUUUAAUGAAGUGCAAUGAUUGUUAAGAAGUAUUGAUCAAACAGUGUUAUUAUUUGUUAGACUUUACUGAAUUAGUGCUUCACUCUUGUUUUUGUUUUGUUUCUCAGAUUUUGUAAAAACACUAUUCUUAGUUAACAUUUAUUGAAUAAUCAAUUUUACAUUGUAAACUUGACGUCGACGAUUGGAUGUAAAAAUUUUGUGUUUAUCAGCAUUGUGGUCUUGUUCGUACAGUCAUUAUUUAUUUAUGGUAAAUUUUAUUUCAAACUUCUGUUGUCCAGCUUUUUGCGUCUUUUUUCCCUUGACUUUUAUAUAGACAUCGUUGUGCUAAAUGUUUGUGAUUUGGUGUACAUGAUUUUCAGCCAUUAAGGAAGAAGUACUUUUUACUCGGAGUCCCUCUGCUUCAUAUAUACAUACGAUGUACUGCCAUUAAUCUGAAACUGUUGUUUCAUUUCUUGUACCAUUUUUAACGUUCACAUAUGUACAUGCAUUAUGUAACUAUCAAGUAAAACUACACGUACAUUUGAGUAAAUGAAUCCAAUUAAUAUUUUUUGUUCACGCAUUUGAUGUGAAAUUCUGUACUUUAUUUAUUUGUUAGAUUUAACAUUUUAUUCACUGUCUCUGAUGUAUUCUAACAAGUUUGUACUAGUCUUGCCAAUUUUAAUGAGAAGUGUCAUAAUACAUGUAUAUUUAUUAUUUCAUAAAUUCAUUACAGACUUUUCACCAUAAUCAGAUUUUAGGGAAGUGGGGAAAGAUUUCGUUGCAUUGCGUUCUCCAUAUUUGUUGUAACCUAAUUUGCAACAUCUGCAUCAGGAAGAAAAAAUUGCUUAAGAAUUGUAAUAAAAUUGAUUGUGUGUCUGUUUUUAUAAAAUAUUUAUUUCAAGAUUAAAGAAUUCAGAUGGCU